CCAUCUUUCUACAGUUCUGGGAAACAAAUUUGACCAUGGAGCAGAAGCCAUUGUGCCUACUCUAUUUAAUCUGGUCCCUAAUAGCGCCAAAGUAAUGGCUACUUCUGGAUGUGCAGCCAUUAGAUUUAUUAUCCGUCAUACACAUGUGCCAAGACUCAUACCUUUAAUAACCAGCAACUGUACCUCAAAAUCUGUUGCAGUAAGGAGGCGCUCUUUUGAAUUUCUAGACCUAUUGUUGCAAGAAUGGCAAACCCAUUCUUUGGAAAGGCAUGCAGCUGUUCUGGUUGAAACUAUCAAGAAGGGCAUUCAUGAUGCUGAUGCUGAGGCAAGAGUGGAAGCACGAAAGACUUAUCUAGGCCUAAGAAAUCAUUUUCCUGGUGAGGCAGAAGUUCUGUAUAAUAGUCUUGAACCAUCCUAUCAAAGAAGUCUCCAGACUUACUUGAAGAAUUCUGGUAGCAUUGCAUCACUUCCACAAUCAGACAGGUCAUCUUCCAGCUCACAAGAAAGUCUAAAUCGUCCCUUUUCUUCAAAAUGGUCCACCUCCAGUUCUGCAAGUAUGGCUAAUAGAGUUUCAAGUGGCAGCAAAGCAGAGCCGACCUUAGGAACACUGCAGAGGUCUUGCAGUGACAUUGAUGUUAAUGCUGCCGCUGGGGCAAAGGCACGUCAUGCUAUCAGUCAGCCAUCAGGAACUGGUCACUUAGCAACUGCUGGUCUGCCUCCAGGAUCAUAUGCUUCCCUAG